GUGAAGGCUUCAUUUUUGCAGAUAUUUAAACGUUAAACAUGAUUGUUAGGUGUAGAUUAAUCGCCGCUGUUCUAUGCAUCGUUGUACAAGUGUCGCAAGCCAUGGACUUGGCAACCAUGGUUGAGAUAUUGCGUCAACGAACUUUAAACAACAACGUCAAUAACCAAACACAAGGUCCAACGAUUCAACCGAGUGACGUAAACCAGUUAUCUGAAUACUUGUUACCUGGAGGUGACUUGGAAGAUAUGAUCGACCCAGAGGACGUACCUGUACAAGUGAGACUCGUCAUUCCGCCUGGAGAUCUUGGUUUCUCAUCUAACGAGCUGAGGUUUGGCUUAUCAGUGAGAAAGUCCGCUUCAUCAAGGUCGAGCGAGUGGGGAGAGUUCAGCUGUUGCAGGCAAGGGUUAAACCUCCAGAGUCGUGAACGAAUGGUUUCUGAUCGUGUUAUGGAGUUAGAUAAACGACAGUGCUCGGAUAAUUACUGUGAAUCAUGUUUUGACGAUCGUCCAACAUGCAGACUGUUCAAGACGCAGAUACGAGCUUGCCACCCUAGUUCAAGUUACAGACCGUUCAUGAGCAGACAUUGCCCUGAGACUUGCGAUAUGUGCUCUGCAACAACAACAACAGCAGAGACAACAACUGUUAACACAGAAGAAACCACAACUGAAGCAACUGCAGACCCAAACCUUGUGCGAGUAAAUAUCCACUAUAAUGACGUCACAGCACCCCAUUUAUACAUGUACAGUGCGUCACAAUCACGACCAAGAUCACCAUGGAAACCAGUUUCUAGAAGCUCUUACGUAGGCGAAGUGACGUCAUUUCAAAUAUAUUCAAGGCGAACCGGGGCAUAUAACACACCGUUUUACUUCUGCAAGGCGAGACAUGGUUCAACUUAUAAGUGGAUGAUACGGAAAGCUCCUUGUGCUAGCGGCUGGAGCCUUGAUUUGAAGUUAUAUGCAUCUUCAACUCGUCAACCAAACUCACAACGGUUGUUCAUCGCUAACCGUGGUCGUGGGCCUUGGACUUCACGUAUCUCACAGCUGACCCCUUGCUGUGGUUAUACAAGCGCUGUAUGGACGAUAUAUGUGCCAAGAUCCUCAAGCGAACCUUCCACUUCAGCUCCAACCACCACCACCACAGCUGAACCAACAGCGACAUCACGUGCCGAUCAACCAAGGACAGCUUACGAGAGGGAAUGUCUUACGUAUCAUAACUUCUAUAGAGCAAUCCACAACUUGCCUAGUUUUACUUGGGACACAAGUUUAGCAGUUACAGCGCAACGUUGGGCGGACCAUCUUGUUGAAUCGGCUCCUAACCAUCCGUUCAUGACCAAACGUAACGUUCAGCGGACCCCACAUUGGCCGCACUCGGUGAGUGGAACAAGAAAUAGAGAUCGAGGCGUUGGUGAGAACAUUGCAUGGGAUUUCUCAGUGGAUGGGAGCCCUGCCAAGGAAUCUGUGUUAAGGUGGUAUGCUGAGGUGUUUGAUUACAACAGGGAGAACCCAACACUAACUACUCAAGGCGUGCCAGUUGGACACUACACACAAAUGCUUUGGAGAAGUACACGAAGUGUCGGUUGUGCGGUCGCUGUUCGUUUGGUAAGAAGAGGGGGUCGUACUUACAAGACAACAUACGCCGUAUCUCACUACAAUCCGGGUGGUAACUUCAAGUAUACGACAAAUGCAAGAACUAUAAGAAGUUACCUUGAAAAUGUACCGGAUCCAAGAGAAAGUACAUGCAUGAGCCCUGCAGCUUGUUCGGGCGGUGAUCGUUGCAUGGGAUUCGACUCUGAGGUGACGUGUGGAUGUCAACCAUACAGAUAUCGUGGAAACACCAGACGGCAACCAGUAUGCCAAGGUUCGGGUGGCUGCAUGGUUCGUUGUAAGAAACAAACAGGAAGGUUCCCUGGCAUAUGGAGAGGGGAGUGCCAGGGUGAAAGCUCAUGUAAAUGUUCCUUGAUCCCCGUGAACAACGUCAUUGGUGCAAUAUGCGUCUGAUACCUCAUUAUAUCAAAUGCCACGAUGGCCUUUACAUUUAUUUACUUGCGAUGCUUUCAACGCAUGAGGGGCUGGGUCGAUGUCACAGCAAGGACGUUGUCUUUGUUUUAAUUUUAUUUGAUUCUCAUAAUUUUAAACUCUAUACACAUUUACCGGUUUAAAAAUUCCGGGCUUAAAACUCCCAUAUUUGGGAUUCCCGAUCGUUUAUUUUACUAUGUUGUUACAACUCUACUAUUUUAAAAUUUUCGUUUUACUUUGAGAUUUUACAUUAGUAAUAUAGUAGGUUGGGGUAAAGCGGUCCAUGUUUUCAUUCUCUUAUAGCAUUCUAUUUGGCAGUAAACAAAGAAUAUUCACGGAAAUAUAAAAACCGUAUCCUGACACCUCUAAAGAAGCUUUGUUAAUUGUUAAAAACCGUAAUAAAAAUAUGGAACAAUAUGUGCUAAUGGUCUUACCCCGGCCUACUUUAUGCUAAACUCCCUAUUUUAUUCAAAGGCACAUCUACACCAACAAUAUUUAUCCUCGCGUGUGUUUGAUUCUUAUUGAGUUCUUAUUUCUUUAUUGUGUUCACUUUUUUCACCUUGUAUUUAUAUUUACUCCAGAAUACAAUGUAUAC